GGAAACCGGAGCCCCGGGCCGGCGGGGACAGUGGCUCGUGGGUCGUGACCGAUCUUCUCUUACCCGGAGACGCUCGCCCAAGGAUGCUUCCUGAAUGCACUUGCCCUCCCGCCCGCGAGAGAGAGUUUUCCAUGGACACAGCCUAGCAGGAAGAGGCCGCCUUUAUGUCUCACGGGCCGCUGACCCACCGGCCCAAUGACAGCAUCCCCGUGUGCCUUCCCGGUUCCAUUCCGGCAGCCCUCGGUCAGCGGCCUCUCACAGAUCACCAGCAGCCUGUAUAUCAGCAGCGGGGUGGCCGCCAACAACAGGCUCAUGCUGUCCAGCAACCGCAUCAGCACGGUUAUCAACGUCUCAGUGGAGGUGGUGAACGCCUUGUACGAGGACAUCCACUACGUGCAGGUGCCCGUGGCCGACACGCCCACCUCGAGGCUCUGUGACUUCUUUGACCCCAUCGCAGACCACAUCCACAGCGUGGAGAUGAAGCAGGGCCGCACGCUGCUGCACUGCGCCGCCGGCGUGAGCCGCUCGGCCGCCCUCUGCCUCGCCUAUCUCAUGAAGUACCACGCCAUGUCCCUGCUGGACGCCCACACGUGGACCAAGUCCUGCCGGCCCAUCAUCCGGCCCAACAACGGCUUUUGGGAGCAGCUCAUCCACUAUGAGUUCCAGCUAUUUGGCAGGAACACCGUGCACAUGGUCAGCUCCCCCGUGGGCAUGAUCCCUGACAUCUAUGAGAAGGAGGUGCGUCUAAUGAUUCCACUCUGAGCCAUUCGGCCAGCAUGUGCCCCAGGGUCACCGAUCUUCCACCAGGAUCUGUGCUCAGACACCCUCCUUUUGUCAAUACAGGAAAACCAGGUGACGCCUUUUAUAAGGGCAAGGAAAAAGGAAGGGUGCUGUAAGCUCUUAAUCUUAUCGUUCACAUCUUUAAAGAGUCAGCUUACUACAUGUAAGAUGGUGAAGAUAAGUUUUCUCCCCAGGGAGUGACAGGUCAUGGCUGCUGACCAGAGGGGAGGGUGAACCAGGUGGUACCCAGGUCAAGUGGACCAGCGCCCAGUGCACGUAGCAAGCCUGAUGGGCUGACUAACGCAGGAAUGAGUCUUUCACAAUCCCGCCUCAUUCUUUCGAACCCAAAGCCAGCCUUAAGCAUCAUGGCACCUCCUGUGCUUCUCACAGUUUAGGUGCCAACCUACUGGAUGAGUAGCCUUCAAGCAAUGUUCCAGAAACUCUGGGAGCCCCAAGGCAACCCUGCUUUCACCUUUAGCCAC